AGUUGCAAUAGUAUAGCACCUUUGGAUCAGGGAAGAAAAUGGCUAACAGGGAGAAAUUUGUUGGAGAAAUAAAGAAACUGAUGGAUGCUGUAAAGAAUACACCACCUGACAAGAUGCUAAGCAGAUACAAUGGGGUCUUAUAUCCCUCCAUUUUGUGUAACCAAGAGACCUUUGACGCACUAAAUUCUUUUGAGACAAGAGAAGAUGAUAUGUUGAUUGCAGCAUAUCCCAAAUGUGGCACAAACUGGACAAUUCAUCUAUUACAGGACAUGGUUCAUGCCGUGCACAAAAAGGAUCCAGCUGCAGUUAUACCUGUAUUAGAAUUCACUGGAGAAAACAAAUUUGAGAAUCUUAAAGAAGAAUCUUCGCCAAGAGUUUUGGCAACACAUUUAAAUUAUGAUGGAAUUCCAAAAAGCUUAUUUAAUAAGCAAUUUAAGACAUUAGUUGUAUUUCGGAAUCCAAAAGACACAGCAUUAUCUUACUUCCAUUUCUACAACAACAACCCAGCUUUACCAACAUACAGUUCCUGGGACACAUUUUUUGAAGAUUUUAUGGCAGGAAAUGUUUGUUGGGGAUCAUAUUUUGAUCAUGUAAUUGAAUGGAACAAACAUAUUGAUGAUGAAAAUAUUAUGAUAGUAACAUUUGAAGAAAUGAAAAAGGACCUGGAGGCAGCAGUAAAACAGAUCUCUGAAUUCUUUGGGCUCUCUCUAAAUGAGGAACAGAUACAGAGAAUUGCUGAUAAGGGCACGUUCAAGUCCAUGAAGGAGAAAUCUGAAGAAUCUCAUGGUGCAUUUGGAAAAAUAAUUUUUAGAAAAGGUGAAGUUGGAGACUGGAGAAAUACAUUCACAGAAGCUCAAAACCAAGAAAUGGAUGCAAAAUUUGAAGCGUGUUUAGCUGGAACAAAACUAGGAGAAAUGUUGCAGUACAAUGUAUACUGCAAAUGAGGAGCAGAGACAUUUACUAAUCACUGUAUUGAAUAUAAAUUAACUUUUUAUCCCCAUUUGUUUACUUUUUGGCAGCCAUUUUUUUCUCCAUGACAUCAAUUUCCCCCCGAUCAGUACAGAACUGAGCAUGUAUCUUUCUUUUUCCAAGCACCAGAGCUCAAAAGAAUAAAAGCGAUGAAACUA